AUGCAGAAAAAUGCACCCAAGUUUUCCGUCAGUAAAUGGAACAUCCUACCGGCAAAUCGCCGUAGCAAAUUUUUCUGGGAAAAACUCAAUGAAUACCUAGAACCUUUGUUGAGCGCCGAUUUUCCUCUCAUGGAUGAGGAGUUUCGCGGUCUCUGUAAUGUAGCGAAUCAGCCCCCAGGAACGCACCCAGUUCUUAGCGAAACCCUCAUAGCAACAGUGAAGAAUUUGCGCAGUUACUGUGAGGGUGUUACGCUAUGGAACCCCUUGUCCCUCGCCGCCCAUCUCGACAUACCACCAACUGAUGUCAUUGAACAAUUACUGCUCGCUAAGGAGGCUGGUUUAGUUUCCAUGGUCUUUGUUGUUCCCUGUCAGUCAUGCGGGUGUGAUAUGUUACGUGCGAACUCAGUGGGUGAAAUAUGCUUUAGAGCGACAUAUCAUAAAAGCAAUGUUAUUGACUGCCCAAUGUGCACAGAUCGUAACGAGGUUGACAACCUCGCCAGGGUUGCCGUGUACUUUCAAGAUGCCACACCCUUACCCCUGUUAUCGCGAAAAUUUCAUCGUUUGUUUUAUAGUCAGGAAGUGGUGCGGCGGUGCUUGGAAACAGUGUUUUGCCCACAAGAUUGUGCUUUCAUGUUUAACAUGAGACUGCCUGAAGGAACGUUCCUAAUCAUUGCCCCCGGUUUGGGUGUGAUUGUUCAGUUGGAGGUAGAGACUGGCGCGCAGUUCUUGGAGCGCAACCGUCCGUAUCAUGAUGUUCGGCUUUUGCUAUCAAAGUUCGUAACUGAAAAUAACUCAGAUUCUGCUGAAACCGCCAAUGUGGCUCAAGAUCGAAAUAUAAUUAAGGUGAAGCAUGGUAAACUGUCCUUCCGUGUGUUUAACGAUACACAGCAUGCAACCUUCUUGGAUAUUUGCAUAGCUUUCGAUGUACGACUGGAAUUCUUGUCUCCGAAGAAGCCCGUAGUUACGACCGUGCCGAUGCUCCUCCACCACUCGACGCGGGGCCUGCGCUCCCCCUUGUUUUAUCUGUUUACUCCAGCACCACCAGGUGUGAGGACGAGCGGUGUUUACGUGCUGCAUUCCUUUGAAAUGCCGAACCAGGACAUGGAGGAAGUAAUUUUGUCUGGUAGUGACUCUACCGUCGCUGUCAUACGUGAGGUCCACCGCUAUUCGUUAGAGGACCAUAGUGGCCUUUUACUAUCUGUAGGCGUCGGUGGUGCAACUUUCGAGUCAUCCUUUAUGUCCUACACCGCCGCCUUGGCCUCCUCGUUGUGCUUUGCACAACGCUUAGUAACUCGACUUGGCAAUGACAUCGCAGGAGCUCUGUCCUGCAGCAUCACUGCAGGUGAGCUUUAUAUGGCUUCCUUUAAGGGACAGUAUGAUGAUGACGAAAACGAACGUUCCGCUUACCCUAGUGUGCAGAUUAUUGGACCUGCGGUGUAUGCAGGACAUCAUCCACCGCCUGCCGUAGAUCCACCCUGCACGAACGAGCUAAUGCAAAAAUACACUCGUAACGUUCGCUUUGAAAUGCGCGUGGUAUCAGACGACAAUACAGGCGUUUGUCUCAAGUCCCUCGCCGCAGAUGAGAUGUUGGAUCCGUUUCUGACUUACAUGCAGGAAAACUUUGUGGGAGUGGAAAUAAAGGAAGAGCCACAAGCAUUAGUUGUUGUUGUUCCACUAGAUACGCUCAAUGCAAAGGUGAAACUUGCUUCCUUAGUGGACUCAACAACAUAUACUAAGGAAAUACAUGGCCCCUUUGGUUAG